AUGGAAGGUUAUGUAAAUUACCCGUAGUUAUAUGUUUGUAUUGAGCCAGUGUGAGACGAUUCAGUAUUGCAACACUUUGCGUUUGACAUACAAUAAGAUGGAGAUAUUUAACAUGUAGCUCUGACAAUUAUAUACCAUCACGACACCAUUGUUCAGCGAAGUUUAUUUGAUUUGACAUGGCUUGUGGUACACGAUCUAAAUGCUGCACAAACGUGCUUGUUCUUUUGACGUUUAUCGCAUUUAGCUUAUUGAUCGCUGGAAUUAUUGUGGCUGCUUUGGGGUCAUUCACGACGCUUGUCGAUGAUGAAAUAAAGAAGAAUCUGCCACUAAAAGAAGGAUCAACUAGUUUUGAUAAAUGGAAAGAUUCUGAUGGGGAACAGUUGAUCAAAUAUUUUUUUUUCAACAUUACGGAUACAGGAAAUUCAACUACCGUUCCUCGUCUAAAAGAAUUUGGUCCCUACACAUACAAAAAAACGGUGACAACAAAUGUGACAAAGAGAUUAGGUCAGACCUUGACAUUCUUCACUAUAACAAGGUAUAACUUUGACAAAUCGAGAUCGUGUGCUGGUUGUGAUCCCUUCAAAGAUCGCUUCACAACAGUAAAUUAUCCGUUAUUGGCACUUUUGAGAGGCGUUGGAGCUAGGCUGCAGUUACAGAAUGCAAGUACUGCUCAAAUAAGAGCUCUUCAAACAGCAUCUUUGUUACAAUCGACAGGAGUUGGUCUAUUUCGAGAAAGAUCGGUUCAAGAGUAUCUUUGGGGAUACAAAGAUACAGCUUUAGGUACUGUGUUUCAACAACUCACCAGACAGCUCAUUCCUGGAAAUAUCUUUCCCGGUGUGCAGUCAAACAAUUCGGAGGGUUACGUAACAAAAAUCCACACUGGAGAAAGUGAUGUGAACAGGGUGACAGAAGUUCUAGAAUGGCGAAACUACACGAAACUACCAUUUUGGAACAGUGACUCUUCAAACAUGAUAAAUGGAACGAAUGGCAGAAGAUUUAAACCGUUUCUCGAAAAGCAUGACACGUUAAAUGCGUUCAUAAAGGAAAUCUGCAGAUCCUUGCGUAUCAGUUAUGAUUCGAGUACAUCAGUUCGGGAUAUCGAUCUUUAUCGCUACAUUGUGAGGAAAGAAGAGCUCCUUAAUGGUAAUGUCAAUCCAAACAACAAAGGUUUUUGUGUGACCGGUCCGACCAAAGCUUGUUUGCCCACUGGCUUGUUGGAUGUCAUGAACUGCAGGGGCGGCUCAACAGGUACUCCAUUCAUUGCAUCUACUCCACAUUUCUAUGAUGGUGACCCCAAACUCUCCGAACUAUUCGAUUUGAAACCAGAUAAAGAGAAACAUGGUACCUAUGUAGCGGUCGAACCAAAUACUGGUAUCACAAUGCAAGGGCAUCUUCGACUUCAGUUAAACUUCCCUGUUUCUAAAAGUCAAGACAUACCAAGAAUUCUUUUGAACAAUGUCUCAGAUAUUCUAUACAUUCCAGUAUUUUAUACCGAUGAUUUUGCCGAAAUCAGCGAGGAGGAUGCCGAUGAUUUUAAGACAAACGUUCUCCUUCCAAAACUCAUCGCAGAAGCAAUGCCGUACGUCAUGAUUGGACUUGGAGCACUACUGCUGCUCAUUGCUGUUGUCAUCUUAAUCGUUUGUCGUUCCUCAAGAGCAGCGCAAGCAGAGUUAAGUGGAAGUGGUGGAAAGGACAACUUUUCCAUGAAAUGAUCCUGUACUCAAGUUAGUUUGUUUUAAUAGUACAAUUAAGAAAGCUUAAACUGUACCAUUGUUAAUGCAUUGAGACAGAUAAGCGGAGAACAGAUUGAGUUACAGAUAAAUCAUUAAUCAAAUUAUCGUUUCCAAAUUAAAUUUAAAUUGUAUGAGUAGAAUAACUAUAAAACAAGGCUCCCUUUUACCUAGAGAAAUCAAUUCACUACUGAAACGGCCAUGGCCGGGUACUUUUUAUAGAAGCGUUAUACAAUCUACAUGCGUGUACUAUCUAAAAAGGCUGAAAAUUCUAUUAGCUGUGUUAUUAUAUGCAAUGUUGUGGCUAAUAAAAGAUGUUUACUGUGUUUGCAGAUGAUUAUACAAACCGAGAACAAAGCCAGUGCAAACACGAAAAAUAUCUUUCAUUUCUUUUAUAAAAUUACAAUGAUGCGAAAUAGACAAAUUUAAAACAAACGUUUUGAUUUCUCCUUUAACACGUAUUCAUUGAUUGAUUGAUUUUAUUGUUUAGCUCAGAUUGAUUUACACAAUGCUGCAAACACGGCUAUAGACCAAUCAGCGUACACGUUUCAUUGCUUUUAUUUCAUAAUUUGUAAUACGAUUUACUGAUAUCGAAGUUAUUUAAUAAAUUCUAUUUAAAUAAUA